AUGAGUAAAAAUAGUAAUAAUAGUAAUAAUAAAAAUAAUAAAAAUAAUAUAAUAGUGGAUCAAGAUGAAUCUAUUGAUGACGAUAGUUUAGAAUAUGAAUAUGGUGAUACAAAUUACAGUGAUGUUCACUAUCAUCCAAAACAAUUUGCAACACAAGAUGAAAUUGAAUAUAGUGAUAUAGAAUACGAAGAUGAUGAUGAUAACAAUAGUGAUAUCAACUAUGAUGAAGAUGAAGAAGAUGCCAAUAAUCUAAUUGGUAAUAUGGGUAGAUCUGCAAUGAAACUUGUGAACAAUCAAUCUAAAUCAAAGACAACACCAAAGAAGAAAACAACUGCUUCAAAAUCACCAACAAUAUUGUCAAAGAGAAAAAGAAUAAUAGAUGACAAUAACAAUAACAAAGAUAAUGACAGUGAUGAUAAUGAUAAUAUCAGUGACAAUGACAUCGAAAUGGAAAGUGAUGAACAAGUGGAAGAAGAAGAUGACGAUGAAGAUGACGACGAUGACGAUGACGAAGAUGAAUUGGGCGAAACUCAGAAGAAUAUAUCAUUCACUCAAUAUGAAUCUAGCUAUCAUGAUAUCGACGAUGAAGAAGAAGAUAUAAAGAUGAACCCAUAUUUGAAUUAUAGUCAUAUGAGUGAUGAUGAAGAUGGUGUUGUCAAUGAUAUCGAUGGUGUUCUUCAAGAUAAUGGAGAGGAUGACAAUGACAACAACAAACAAUUGUCAGGAGAAGGUUACGACACAUCGCCUUUGGAAGAGGUCGACAACGAAGAUGAAAACCGAUCGGUAUUCAUUCAAGCAAGAAACAACCUACAUAUCUCAACGAUACCAGAACACCUUCCGGGUCGUGAGAAAGAGAAGGAAUCAAUAUCAAAGUUCAUUCGUGCCAAACUGAUAAACAACGAUUCCGGUGGUUGUAUAUACAUCGCUGGUAUUCCAGGUACCGGUAAAACAAGUACAGUCAAAGAAGUAAUAAGACAAUUUCAAGAGGAAAGAGCAAAUAAAAAAGUAAUACCAUUCGAAUUUAUAGAGUUAAAUGGUAUGGAAUUUAGUGAUCCACAUCAUCUUUAUAUAUCGUUACAUCGAAAGAUGUUGAAACGACCGAUGAAGACAAAGGUUUCCCAUCAUCAAGCACUGCAGCUGCUGCAAAAGAGUUUUACAACGAGGUCAAAGAACCGACCGUUUCGUAUCGUUCUGGUCGAUGAAUUCGAUCUGCUGAUUACCAAGAAACAGUCGGUCAUUUACAAUCUCUUUGAAUGGCCAAACAAACCGCAUUCACGUCUCGUUAUUAUCGCGAUUGCCAACACUAUGAACUUGCCAGACACGCUACUGCCGCGCGUGCAAUCGCGUAUGGGUCUCCAUAGAAUACCGUUCAGUUCGUACACCGCCAAUCAGAUUGUGAAGAUCGUACACUCUCGUCUCGAAGGUCUCGAAGCUUUCGACCAGGAUGCCAUACAGAUGUGUGCGAUGCGUGUCGCAGCCGUCUGUGGAGACGCGCGUCGUGCACUCGACAUCUGUCGACGAGCAACUCUCCAAGCAGAGAAAGAGUAUCAUGAGAUUCUCAAGAACAAUCCUGACUACAACCAACCAGGCAAAGUCGAGGCACACCACAUCGAAGAGGUAUUAGACCAGUUCUCCACCCCGAUCACCGCUAUCAUCCGUGAACUCACUUUCUACGAGAAGACGUUCCUCUAUUCAUUCUACAAAGAGCAAAAAUCAUGUGGUAUAACAGAUAUUCCAUUUGGUAAAAUCUAUCAAAGAAUGGUAUUCUUUUGUAAAAUAGAUUUAGACAGACAAGAUAAAAGAUAG